ACUCUCCAAGUAGCUGCGCGAGCCACUAUAAACCGAUAUGACUGAUACGUAGCGGAAACGCCAUUUCGAAAUAUAGCAGCAGCAUCGCUGGAAUUCGCGCAGCAGACAGCGGCACACAGCCCAAAAUAUCAGUCCUUCAUCAGAAACUCUGAUCGGAAAACCCAAACGUUCUUUCAUCGUAUUUUAAUGUGAACGUGGAAGGGGCUAGCCUCACUGAAACAUGCGAGGGAGAGGCGGCUUCUUGGUGGUUGUUUACGCGUUGCUCCAGCUCCAGACUGCAGGCUCUUUCUCUGGAGACCAUGACCGCUUCAUGCCCGUGCAGCGUAGACGGUCGGAGUGGCCGUUCGCGGUGCGCAGGCACGCAGACAGCCCGGACAGGAGCUUGGACGGGGGAUCCAGAGAGCAGCACAGGGGCCCCUUCCAUGCCCCGUCCCACGCCAGGAUGGCCAAGCUGCGUCCCGCAGCCAUUCUUCAGUCCCGCUUUCUCCAGGCCCCCGGCGACCAGGGCAUCAGCCUGCUGGCCAGCACCGACCACGAGCUGCAUGUGGAGAACGCCCCGGUCUCCGCCCGCCACAUCGUCACUGUGGCACUGCAGGUGGACGUCCGCAAGCUGAACAUGACCUUACUCCGUGCGUUCCGGGAGGGGGUGGCGGCCGCCCUGGACGUCCCGCCCCGACAAGUGCACAUCAACCGCCUCAACGAGAGGAAGAACGGCAUCGAGCUGUAUGUGUCGUCGGACAGGCCCGGAGCCUCAGAGCCCCUCCCGUCGGAGGAAGUGAUGCGGUCCCUCAACGUCAACGUCCUCCACAGGAGCCUCAGCCAGUUCGGCGUCACCGAGAUCACACCGGAGAAGAACGUGCUGCAGGGUCAACACGAGAGGGACGAUGUGUGGACCAAAGAGGGCUUUUACGCCGUGGUCAUUUUUCUCACCAUCUUCAUAAUCAUCGUCACCUGUUUGAUGGUUCUGUACCGACUGAAGGAGAAGGUUGAGUAUCCGGAUCGGCAGCUGAAGGAGCCCCCCGGCCGGGACCUCCACCUGGCCCCCGUCCCGGUGACGCCGCCCCCCCCGCAGGCCCAGGUGAAGAUCACCAACAGCAUGGUGCAGGCCGAGCCGGCCCCCAAGCCUGCCAGCGUGUGCGCCAUCGCCGAGCCCCCCUGCCAGCCCCCGUGCCCGCCCACACCCGAGAUCAAGCCCUGCCUCUCCGCCAGCCCCUCCCCCUUCAGGAUGAAGCCUGCGGCCGGCCUCCAGGAGAGGCGUGGCUCCAACGUGUCCCUAGUGCUGGAUAUGAGUGCGCUGGGGGCGGUGGAGCCCCUGAGCAGCGUGGUGGCCACCCCCCGGGAGCGUGCGGCCACGGAGUACCUGCAGUCCGCCGGGCGCGUCCUGUCCCGCCAGCAGCUCCGCGACACCGUGCACAACACGCAGACGCUACACGCCGAGUUCGCGGAAAUCCCCAUGAAUUUUGUGGAUCCCAAAGAGCUGGAUAUUCCCAGUCAUGGUACUAAAAACAGAUACAAAACCAUUUUGCCAAACCCCCACUCCAGGGUGAUCCUGAAGACCAAGAGCACUUAUGAUCCACUCAGCAGCUACAUCAAUGCCAACUACAUCAGAGGUUACAUGGGAGACGAGAGGACCUACAUCGCCACCCAGGGCCCCAUGAUCAACACGGUCAACGACUUCUGGCAGAUGACCUGGCAGGAGGACUGCCCCGUCAUUGUCAUGAUCACCAAGCUGAAGGAGAAGAAUGAGAAAUGCGUUCUUUACUGGCCGGAGAAACGCGGCAUCUACGGCAAGGUGGAGGUGCUGGUAAACAGCAUGAGAGAGUGCGAGCACUACACCAUCCGCAACCUGACCGUGAAGCAAGGAGGCCAGAGCCGCAGUGUGAAGCAUUACUGGUACACCUCGUGGCCAGACCACAAGACCCCGGACAGCGCCCAGCCGCUGCUGCAGCUCAUGACGGACGUGGAGGAGGACCGGCUGUCCUCGGGCUGCAGGGGGCCCGUCAUCGUCCACUGCAGCGCUGGGAUUGGACGGACCGGCUGCUUCAUCGCCACGACAAUAGGAUGCCGUCAGCUGCAGCAGGAAGGGGUUGUGGACGUCCUGGGAAUCGUGUGCCAGCUGCGUGCAGACAGGGGAGGCAUGAUCCAGACCGGCGAGCAGUAUGAAUUCGUGCACCACGCCUUGAGCCUGUACGAGAGCCGUCUCUCGGCUGACGCGGGCCAGUGAAGCCGUGACGGCCGCUUUUUCCCCGCCGCUCCGGGUUUACUGGAAAGAAGAGCCCUGAGGUAAUCUCGUUACCCGGUAACUGUCACUGAAACUGGUAGAGGGACCCUACCAGACCCUCUGGAAUGAACUGGUAUGGCUUAGAAUAGAGGGGGACAGUUGCCUGUGAGAAAAGGAGGGAGAGAGAGAGAGAACGUCUGUUAAUGAAUGUAGUGUGUCCUUUCUCAUCUUCCUCUUCCUGUGCUGUGAGCAGCUUGGCUUGCCUCUUAUAAAACCCUGUGAGCACUCGGCCUUGUUGUCAUUCCAGUUAUUCAGGCUCUAUCCAUUCUGACAAUUGUACUGUACCAGUAGAACCCCUUACUGUCUUUACCUCUACCAGCUAUUAUGUGUUCUUGUAGAAUUUACUGAUGGCUGUUUUUUUUUUUUUU